AACUGUCAAUCAGGCUUAAUGGGGUAUAAAACCUCCCCAGCGCCGCGGCUGCGAUAGGCAGAGAGAGCAAUAGGGAGAAAUGAGUAAGAGCUGAAGGAGCGCGCGGCGUAAUUCGUGCUCUGCGCUCGCAGCUCCUCCGGGUGAGAAACCAGGAGAGGGGGCAGAGGGGACCGGGAGCUCAGCCCCUGCAGCCGGCUCGGGACAGAGCGCCUGGAGAUAUUUAUAGCCGGGAAAACAAAAACAACCUUCCCCUGAAUAGACCCUUUCUUAAAAAGAAAGUCCUGGCAAUUCCGUCUCGUUUCAGCGAUUUCCUGAGUCUAAGAAUAGAAAUGAGCCGCCUGGAAGGCGCUGCAGGCAGCAAUUUGGAGACAUAGGCUGCUUUAUUUUAUUUUUCCGAGUAUAAAAAAACCUUCCAUUUGGAUACGGGAGUCGCACGUCGGCCUUUGGCACGGAGGGAUGUAUGGCUACUUUUAAUUUUACUUUUUGUUUUCCUACAAAACUGUCUUCCAGUUAAAGGCACGGGAUCGGCGUUACCUGCAUGUGACAGCCCCGGAGGACGCCGAGCAAGAGGCAGAGCUCCCCUGCACUGCUUCCCUCCCACCCCACUUUUUUAGGGAGGGAGAGAAGGAUUUUUUUUCUUUUUUUUUUUCCAUUUUUCCAGCCCAAGAAUUACUCGCCCCCAAGUUUCGGAGGGGGGCUGAAGACUUGUCACCCACCUGCGGGUGCAUGAAGGGUGCUGGCUUUCCCUCUCUGUUCCCUUGGUCUUGUGAGGAGUUGGAAGAGCAUUUUGCCACCCGUCGCCCGGAUCGAGAGGAUGGUUUGGAAAUGGCUCGGCGCCGUGCUGCUGCUCCCCGUGCAGAUGCUUUACCUGGUGCUGAAAGCCGCCGUGUGCUCUCUGCUGCCGCCCAAACUGCGGGACCUGUCCGGGGACACCGUGCUGGUGACGGGCGGGGGUCGCGGCAUCGGUCGCCAGCUUGCCCGGGAGUUUGCAAGGCGAGGAGCCAGGAAGAUCAUCCUGUGGGGUCGAACUGAGAAAUGCCUGAAGGAGACCACAGAGGAAAUCAGGAUGAUGGGGACAGAAUGCCAUUAUUUCAUCUGUGAUGUUGGAAACCGAGAGGAAGUCUAUCGGCAAGCCAAAGCUGUGCGGGAGAAGGUGGGUGACAUCACUAUCCUCGUGAACAACGCUGCUGUGGUCCAUGGUAAAAGCCUGAUGGACAGCGACGAUGAUGCGCUGCUCAAAUCACAGCAUAUAAACACCCUGGGACAGUUCUGGACCACCAAAGCGUUCUUACCAAGGAUGCUGGAGCUGCAGAACGGACACAUUGUUUGCUUGAACUCUGUCCUGGCCUUGUCAGCCAUCCCCGGUGCCAUUGACUAUUGCACCUCCAAAGCUUCGUCUUUUGCCUUUAUGGAGAGCCUGACCUUGGGGCUGUUAGACUGUCCUGGAGUGAAUGCCACAACAGUCCUGCCCUUCCACACGAGCACAGAGAUGUUCCAGGGCAUGAGAAUCAGGUUCCCUAAUCUUUUUCCUCCUCUCAAGCCAGAGACUGUGGCUAGGAGGACAGUGGAAGCUGUGCAGAUGAAUCAAGCCUUCCUGCUCCUUCCAUGGACAAUGAAUGUUCUGGUCAUCCUAAAAAGCAUUCUCCCUCAGGCAGCACUUGAAGAAAUCCACAAGUUUUCUGGGAGCUACACCUGCAUGAACACUUUUAAAGGGCGAACAUAGACUUGGUGGCGGAAGGACUGUUCUUCAGUGAAGCCAGCAGAAGCAUGAAAAUCCUGACAAGGCUGUGAAUCAGCACUCUUGGCUUGUAGCCUGUUCAUGUGACUCGCACUGCUUUGAGGCAACACAUUUCUUGCAGGUCAUAUCCAUAGUAACAUGACCUUUGCACAGGAUUUAAUGACCAGACUAUGGACCCUUGGCAAGAAAAAAAAACAAAAAGUGUGAAAUGUUUAUAUGAUGUUAAAUUCUUUAGGGUUCAAUUGUUAAAUCUACUCAUAGUCUUAAGAUGUAAUUUUUGUUUCUAAAGAGUGUAGGCUGUCUCAGCUGAGAGGCAGCACGUCGCAGCCCAGGCUUUAUCCGCUCUCUUCAGAGGAACUGCAAUUGCAAACUGAGAGUGAUUGCAUUUCAGCUUUUCGAAUGGGUAACUUCAAAAAAUGACCAACUCCAAGUCAUGGACAUUGAAUGGAAGCUUCCUUCCCUUCCUUCACUUUAUAUUUGUUGAUGAAGCUGUCCCCAGGUCGCGUCAGGGAAGGAGCAAUCUGCUGUUUUCUUUGUGACAGGCUCCCCAGGCCUUUUCUCUGCAAGGACUGCUCUGUGCCCAGGAAAGCUGUCUUACUGCACCCAUGAAGGCUGGACAGGGAUGCUCAGUCAGAAGAGCGUACGGUUUGAAUGGUGGAAGAUUCCUUCUGUCACUGAGCUCAUAUAUGGAAUGUAAUUGUCUUUCUGAAUAUUUUUGUUCAUUUAUGAUGAAAUAUAUAUAUUUUUAGCAUUAAUUCCAGAUUGCCACGCAUGUAGGCAGCAUCACAUUGGGGGUGAACUAAAUCUAGAGCCUGCUUGUACAAAUACACAUUCAGUGACAUAAUCCAUACAGAGUAAAAUCCAUUGUAUCAAUCUGCACAAUGAAAUAAGUGGAAUAAUUCUCUGAAAAUAGAAGAGACAGUGCUGUAGUGCUCAUGAAAUGUGGAGUUUGGAAGCACAGUUAGCAAAGGCCUGAUUAAAUGCAUGUUGAAUUCAACUGGGAACAUACCCAUUGUUUUUUAGAGACAUUGAAUCAGGCACUGAUCAGCCAAAAGUGGUAAAUACUGCUUGCACUGAAAUGCUAGAAGCAGCUAGAUGUUAUUUAUUUUUGUAAAGAUAGACUCUCUUUGACAGCCUAGCAAGAGCAACACUGCAUUCCAGUGCCAGAUGCAGCCUGCAACUAUGCCUAGGCAUAGUAAUGUAGUUGAAACAUCUUGAAACACUACUGCUAAAUGGGGAAUUGAUAUCAUUGCAAUAUAGGAAAGUCGCAAGCAGCCUGGAGAACACCUGAAUGAAGUGCCUCAAGGAAAGAAGUGGUUGAAGUAAAGAAGUGAGGUUAGGGCUGCUGGCUUGAGUUAUGACCUUAUUUCAUAGAUGCUCUUGGGCCAAGCUGUGUUAUCUCAAGGUCUGCCCUGACCUGGAAAGGUGGAAGUUCUAGUGUUGCCCUGCCUCAAAAGUUAUGAAUGUGACUGUCAAAUGCUCAGCAGAUUCAAGUGGAACAUGCUAUAGAAAGGAAAAGUGGUACGUACUUGUCUAUGAACCGAAAGGGUGGAAUGGAAGAAAAGAAAGCUGAAAUGUGUGAUUUUGAAAUCAGAUGUAAAAUCAAAUGUAAUUUUGUACAGAGAGAUGAAUUACAGCAGGAAAGCUGUCAGCUGCUUUUUGCAGGGCAGAUCCAAAGGAAGAUCUCAGAAUGGAGACUAACAAUUUAGGAGGAGUAUGAAUGUCAUCCUUACUGCAAAUCAGUAGAUGCAUCUCUGCUCAAGCAGCUCAAGAGGUGCAGUAUCACUGAUAUCCCUUUGCCUGCAGGGAUACUUCGAGGCGUUCUCCUGUCUUGGUCACUGCUUUCCUUCUGAGUGCAGAACAUAUCCCUGUGCCAGCCUUGACAAAGCUUCUUAGAAUUGAGGGUUUUUUUAAUUCCUAAAUGUCUGAGCCUCUCUGGAGAGGAUGAAAAGAAACUUUGAUCUCCGUGAUUGUGAUGCCCUCCCUAAUAGAUGCUUUCAGCAUUAUUUUUUUGUCUGUUUUUGAGAGGAAACCUAAUUCAUUGAAAACACAGCUGCAAUGGGGGGAGAACUCUUCCAGGAUCUGCCAGGAAUAUUAAAGGUACACACUUAAGAAACACUUGAGAAGGAAUAAUUCCUCCCUUUCUGCACUCUCAUCCUUUCUAUUGUCUCAUUAACCACAGUCAGGCAUGCCAGGCUUGUAGAUGCAAGAGCAAAAGGGAUUGGUGCAGCAAGGCACCCUGCAGUGUCCCCCUUAAAUCAAACCUUUGUGUUGAGAUUCUAUUCAUUAAUGGCAUCCUAAUGCAAAAGAGAGGUAAAAACUAGUGUGCACACUGAAAGGAGCUCUGCUCAUGCCCACGUUCUAUCCCUUAGAUGCAUCCGCUCUUUUCCUGCGCUACAUGAAAGAUGUUCCCUAUCUUCAGAGGUUGUCUGACAUCCUAAGUGCUGUUGAUUUCUUUCUAAUGAAUAUAAACAAGUCAGAAUGUAGCAAGGACUCUCAUAAUCUCUCUCUUCUCACACAGAGACGCACACUCACACUUCCCUCUCUCUUUCCCUUAGGGUCUCUGAGCGGACAGCAGGUCAAAUAGCAGUCACAGUGGGGGAGAGGUAUGCAGCAAACAGAAAAUAAUGAGGAAAACAUUGACUUUGCUUUUCAGAUAGUAAGGAAGGGUUGGGUAAUAGAGUUUCUUCACUUGUGAGUGUUGCAAGAUACAAUGCUCUACAUACAGUGAGUUUCUUGCAAGUUUGGAUGGAUGCAUACAAAGUUUUUUUUUUUAAAAAAGAAAAGCUCCUCUGGAAUGCCUGUUGAGGUCUGCUGUCCCUUUGUACAUAAGGUUGGUAUUGGGUAAUCCUGAAGUGCUGCAAAUGUGGACAAGCUUUGUAGGAGCCUAAGGCCUUUCCAAAGGAAUUUCCGCCCUUUGACUUAUUUUAAUUUUGGUUUUCCUUGCUCUCUCCACUGCCUCCUGCUUUCCACUCCACCAAACUUUUUUUUUCUUUUUCUUUCUGUAUUCCUGUGUCAUUACUGCACUUUUCAGUGCCACCAUCUUGAAGCCAGAUGUCACACAAAGGGUCUGGACUAAAUCUAAAUCAGGGUAUGUAUUUAUUAUCCUGCUGGAGGAAUCGAGGUGAAGCUGUAAGAGCAGGGCGCAGAGGUUUCAUAGGAAAUUAGGUAAGCUCUUUGGGUUUUACUUGCUCCAAUCUCUGACGAAGUAGACCUUUACUAUAAUUUUUCUGUAGGAGAUUGCUGCUGUUUUAAAAUUGGAAUGAUAGAGAAAUGUUAGCCACUGUGGGACAUUCAUUGUCCUGACAUGAAAAGACCCCGUAUUUAAAUGACCCUGCAUUUAAAUUUUAAAUAUUUUCAGUUCCAGGUGAUUUCAGAGGCUGAUGCUUGCACCAAGGAAUUUUCAUAAUUAGCAAGUCAGAGUAGGGAGAGAGAGGGAAGGACUGGAAGGAGUCAUUUGUAAGUAAAGCUGAUUUCUCCUCUUCAGUAUUUGAUUUCUGUGUUCUGUUUUUGAUGGGGAAAAAAAGUAAUCUCAUUCCUUUGUGUACCCUUGGUGAACUCUAAAAAGGUCCUUCCUCUGUAUGGCAUGUUUUAGGAGGAUGAAGAACAGGAGCGAGCCCUGAAAGUGAGGACUGAACUCUGCCUCCCUUCCAUUGUCCUAUUGAGGUUAAAAAGCGACAGAGUCCAUUCCAAUAGCGCAUCCAGAGUCACAGAAAGUGCCUGGGCAAGUGAUUCUACUGUUUGCAAAGAGAAACUUGUUGUUCUUUUAUGUAAUGUGUUAAUUAGUGUGGGUGGAUAUGACCAGAUCUAGUCUUGCAAGCCUUUUAGACAACUCCCUGAACACUCCCACCUUCAGAUAUUAACAGAUAGCAUUACACUUGCCAGAUCUCAUAAAAACCCACUAACAGACUUAAUGCAGGCACCAUGUGAGUAAGUGGGUACAUUUAUUUCAAGGGGAACACAUCUGUUUGUAGCAGACAUGAAUUCAGCCUCGUGUUUUCCUCUAGCUGACAUUCAACUGCUGGGAAAAGAAAACGAGGUGACCUUGGAUCAGCUACUUUUCUUUUAUUCACGUAGCUUUAAUCAAAUAAAUCUGGGUGAUGGCCACUUUUUCUGACAGCCCUUCUUCAUAAGUUCUUGGGAUAAAGCAAGUUGAUGUCAAAUGUUUCUUACAUGAUUCUCAUCAAACAAACAACAAACAGCCCUGAGAAAACCAGUGAUGUUUUAAGGGGGCUUAAUCCCCCUGGCCUGAGGACUAGAGAUGGAAGACACAGGACACAGCUUUGCUGUUGCCCAUUCUGUAGGAUACAGAGGUGUCCCUGCUCCUGUCCUCUUUUCUUUAAACACACAACCUCUUGCUUCUGUAACAGAUCCCUCAAACUGAAGCUUCAGCAGAAGCACGUAGUGAUCUGAUCUGCAUGGACUGGAUACAACUGAACAGACCUGUGAGGAGAUGAUUUAUAGCUUCACACCUUCCCAAAGAGUCUGGGCUUAUUAGUGCCUUAUGUUAACAACACAUGCACCAAAGCUGAGUUUAAAGUAAGGAGAUUGUGUUAGCGCUGUCUUCAGUAGCAAGAAUUCUCAGAGCCCAUUCCUGCUCUUCUUCUGAAGUCUGAACAGAAACAUGGGGACAUAUUGCACAUCUGCCCAUCUUUGCAUCAGAACAUUAAAGUUGAAAUAAUCAAGACAAAUGUAUAUGCGGAUUUUUCUGCAUAAAUCUACAGAAGAACAGAUCUUCCUUAAAUGAAGGAAUGAAGUACUCCAGUUUCAGCUUGGAGGUGACCAAAGAGCAAGUAUAUGGAAAAAACAAAACAGGAUAGAUAGAAUCUGAGGCGGAGCUUGGAGGCCCUAACGAGCCAGAGGCAAGACCCACCUUUUAUUUCUGAAGUUACAUAAUAACAGGGACAUUGUGAUUUCCAUCCAAAUACAAAAUCUAUCAAA